GCCGAGUGGUGAUCGGAGCAGCUACUCCGUCGAACAAGACCCGAUAGAGCGAUUUAUGGAUUAUCCGGUUUUCCUGUGCGCGUCUUAACCGCCUCGGCGUCAUGUCUCACAGAAAGCGGACAAGCGAGAGCAAGGACAGAGGCGAGCGCAAAAGACACAAGGAGUCCAAACACGAUUUGGAGAAACUCAAAGUGCAAACGAAACGACUCCAGCACGAAGUGCAGAAGCUGAAACACGUCGAGACGUUCUAUGAGAAACCCCCACCUGGCCUCAUAAAGGAGAACGAGAUAAAACCGGAGGACUGUAUUCCCGCUGCACCAGGAAAUGAGGAUGCCAGAGACUUCCUGGCUCAUGCGCCCACCAAGGGGCUGUGGAUGCCCCUGGGGAAGGAGGUGAAAGUCAUGCAGUGCUGGAGAUGCAAGCGCUACGGCCACAGAACGGGAGAUAAGGAGUGUCCUUUCUUCAUCAAAGGCAACCAGAAACUGGAACAGUUCAGAGUGGCACAUGAAGACCCCAUGUAUGACCAUAUUCGAGAAAACAAAAGGAAUGAAAAGGAAACCAGGAUCCAGCAGCUUCAGCAGCUGCUCCAGGACACCACCACCUCCUCCUCCACCGACUCGGAGAGCUCCUCAUCCUCCUCCUCCUCUGAACGCCGCCACAGCAAGAAGAGGAAAAAGAGGAAGGAGAAAAAGAAGAAGAAGAAGAUAAAGAAGAAGAGAAAGCACAAGUCUAAAACCAGCCACAGUUCAGACUCUGACUGAGCGUCUGGAACCCGUGUUCCACCUCGUAUGUCUGUUCUUCCUUCCCGUAGCAGGCGGCAAACCCUGUGUGGACUUUCACAACCACGGGAUAAAAUGGAGGAGCGGCAGUCGUCCUGACCUUGCGGUGACAUCCGCUCUGCUUUGGUGCACCACAGAGUGCGCUAGCGAGGCCUGCGCUGUGUAGACAUCCCCAUGCCUUCGCUGCUGCGACUUUGCGGGCUAAAAUACUGUAACUGUAUUUAUUAGUACGCCUGAGUUCCCCCAUCCAUUUCAUCAUCCCUGGGGGUCACGGCUUCCCAUGACAUCCUAUGGCAGGACCGUAUGUAACAGCCGCUGAAGGAGGUCUGUGUGUGUGUGUGUGUGUGUGUGUGUGUGUGUGUGUGUGUGUGUGU